CUAAAAACUACCUCCUCCCGACUCGCAACGAUGUCCGACAUUCUCCCCCCAAAACGCACUCUGCACUCCAAACGUUCCUUUGGGACCAAGCACGCUGCGAUGGCAUACCCGCACGGCCAUCGCCAGGUCCCCGACUCGCCUGCUGCCUACGAUGCCUCGGAAGAGGACAAUGAUCCUCUGACAGACGAUGCAGCAUCAGCUGUAGGCGUCCCCGUGCCAUCGCGAUCAAGUACGUCGCGCUCGCCCGUUGUCACUCGUGCAGGGCCCCGCGCCCGCCUAGCCGCUCUCGUCGAUGACGGGAACGACACUGGCACCGACUCGCCAACGUACGAUGGUGACAUCGAGAGCAGCACGACUCUCGCGAGACACUACGACUCUUCGUCCAGUACGCACUACGCUCCCUCUCCUGUGUCCACCCUCACUUCCCCGCUGCCCACGCCCGCUGUCCUCCCAGACCCCGCUGCCCUGACCCUCGCAACCGCAUCAUCACUGCUAGCCUGGGAUGGCAACCCCUCCGAACCAGCUCCUGCGCCUAUCUCCGUGGAUGCGUUCAAUCCUGCCGAACUCACCCCUGAGGACAUCCAGGAGUAUGUGCGCAGGGCCAUCGCUCGCGAAGGCGAGGAGAACACGCUCCGUAAGUACAAGAUCAACCCGCCACCAAAGGACCGCCCAGCGAGGAUAUAUGCUGACGGCGUCUACGAUUUGUUCCAUUUUGGACACGCGCUCCAAUUGCGCCAGGCCAAGCUCUCCUUCCCUCCCAUCCCGAUUCCCUCCACACCGACAUCUGCGACGCACAGAGUGAGGUCGCCAUGUUCUACGCCUUCUGCGUCGAGUAGCGCGGCCACGUCUCCACUUGACAAUGUGGCGCCCGCGGGUAUGAUGCCCGGUGUCUACUUGCUUGUGGGCGUCAAUUCCGAUGAGCAGUGCGAGGCGCACAAGAACAUGGCUGUGAUGAGCCACGCUGAGCGGUGUGAAGCGGUACGGCAUUGUCGAUGGGUGGACGAGGUGGUACCGGAGGCACCGUGGGUGAUCGAUGAGGCGUUUUUGCAAAAGUACCAAAUCGACUACGUCGCACACGACGAGGACCCAUAUGUAAGUGCGGGCAUCGACGACGUAUACGGCUACUGCAAAUCAAAAGGAAAAUUCAUCCCGACGCGCCGCACGCCGGGCGUUAGCACAUCUGAGCUGCUCGAGCGCAUCGUGUCGCGGUACCGCAUGCGCAUCUUUGACAAGAAGCUCGCGAAAAUCGGGCACCCGGAGCUCAUGGCGGAGGGCAGCGACUAUGAUGGGAGCGCGCCGGACAGCUUGAGGGUGAGCAGGGCGGCGAGUCCGGGGCUGUUUGUGGACGCGGCGGGUGGAUCGUAGGUGGUGGUGUAGAGGUGUGAUUAGAGUUUGGAGACUGCUCUGGAUCCAGCUGGGUGCUAUUCAUGCGAAGAUGUGACAUGCUUGUUCCUUGUUGAAGGAGGUUCCCAUGCCAGCUCUCUCAGAGAACGAUUUGGCUGGCAGUUAGUCGCUCGGAUCCUCUCAAUUGAUUGAACCUUGAGCUUGAGCUUGAGUGACAAUUCAAGUUCUUGCAUGUCACUUGCAUGUCACGCGACAUGUGCCAUGGACGCAGAUUGGUGUUUUCCUCGGGUC